CACAAGCCCCAACUUUGACUGGACCGACCACUUUGACACCAGGACAACAAGGCAUAUGGACAUGUAUGUCGGUCAAUGGUUAUCCAGCUGGUAAAAUGACCAUGAGAAAUCAAAAUAAAAGUACUCAAUUUACAUCUGAGUUUUCAUCUACCAGUGUAAUAGAUCAAAAAUCCUAUGAUGUGACUGGUACGCUGAUCUGGAUCCCAGUAAUUGUUAACAACGGAGAUACCAUUUGCUGUGAUGUUACACAUACAACCACGAUAGGCAGUACUCCACAGACAGUUUGCAGACUAAUAUCAGUUGCUCGUUUGCCUCAAGUCGAAAUUUCUCCUACUACCUAUACUGCAGCAAUUGGAGAUCAAGUAAUAAUUUAUUGUAAUAUCGUCUCUGAUAGUGCUGGAGUUAAUGAAGUCUACUGGCAGAGAAAUUCUAAUAAUCAGCUACGUAUAAUUUACAAUAGAGACGUAGGGUACCAAGGUAGUACUCCUUCAACACCUUCAUUAACGAUUAGUUUUGCAACGAUAAAUGAUACUGGAACAUACACUUGCCAUGCUACAAAUGUUCUAGGAACAGGAAACAGUAACACUGGAAAUGUAACAAUUACUGGAGGGUAUUUAUAUGUUUCUGUAACUCCUCGAACUUCAAAUGUUGUCCACGAACACAGUCAAAAUAUUUCCUGUAAUGUGACUGGAACACCAACAUCAACAUGGAUUACCUGGCUGUUCACACCAGCUGGUAGCAUUCAACAUGCAGUACUAAGUACAACAAACAGUAACAAAUAUACAGUUGGUACAACACAGGAACCUUAUUUGACUAUACUCAAUUUUCAACCAGGUGAUUCUGGUCAUUAUGUCUGCAGAGCAACAAAUGCUGUUGGAUCAUCAUCUAGUUAUCCUGGUUCAACUUUGAUUUACAUAAGUGCACCUAUUACAUUUGUUGAACCAAAUCAAUAUGCAGCAAUGGUUGACGCUGCUAGUUUUCAGAUUCAGUGUAAUGUUACUGCUACACCAGGAGCUUUUGAUUGGUACUGGACAUUCCACCCGGUAAUUGGCAGUGUAGAAACUAUAAGCAAAGGAACAAACAGUGAACACUAUACUGUAGAAAAUUCUGGUACAAACCCUCACUUGACGAUUAGGAAUAUUGCGUUGAAUAAAACUGGAGUUUACACUUGCUUUGCCCUGAAUACAGCUGGAACAAGUGGUAGUGGUAGUAAUGCUAAUUCUAAACACACUCUGACAGUCACUGAAGAUUCAACAAUUCUUUGUGGAGAAAAUAUAGAUAAAUUUAAUACUAAAUGGGGUAUAACAGCAGAAAAAAACCUGCUUACUUUACCUUGCAAUGGUUACUACACGGGUAGUGUUUCUAGAUACUGCAGCAAUGGUGGAAAGUGGAUGGAACCAGAUUACAGCCUGUGUACGCGUAAAGCAAUACAAAAUAUCCAUGCACAGUCAGCUAAACUAUUAUCUGGAGAGAGUGUAGACACGGUUGUGAAUACUAUUCUUGAGAAUUUAGAAAACACAACCAGUGAGAAAAAUGAAUUAAGGUCUGGUGAUCUGGUAACAUCAUCAACUGUUCUGGAUGACAUUGUCAGAUAUGUAACAGAUAACACAGAAAAACUUUCCGUUGAUCAACUAGAGAUUUUUGGGUCUGUCUGCAAUAAUAUACUAGAUGAACGAAACCAUCAGCUGUGGGAAGAACUAAAUGACGAGGGCUCAAGUGGUGUCCCUUCUGUAGUAAAAACAGUUACCGAUUACAAUGCAGUGUUUCAUAAGGUUAUAGACGGAGAAUUCGCAAUGAUUGUUCAAAAGGAAAAUAUAGUAAUUGAGGUAGGAAAGACUAUCUCUGACGAGAUCACUGUGCCUGAUCGUUUGAAAACAUCAUUCUCGUGGAUAACAGAUUCAGCGACUGAAAUGAAACUGAAAAAGAGCAAACAUCACGAUUUGACAGGAUAUAGUAGCACAUUCUAUCGAAAUAUUUCAAGAUUCUUUCCAAAGUACUUGAUGCUAAAUGGGGAAUUGCAGUCAUUUAAUGGAAGUUACGAUGUAAAAUCUAUCAUAACUGAUUUUACAAUCCAAUCAACAGCUUCUUCAGAUCAUACCUUGAUUAUAAAAUUUGACAAUUUAUUAGGAAAUUACUCCAGACCUUUUUGUGGAUUUUGGGAUUUCGAUGUUUCGAAUACUGUAAACGGAGCAUGGUCGAACUUUGGUUCACGAAUUGUAGAGUCAACAGAUUCUUAUACGAUAUGUGAAUAUAAUCACACCACAAAUUUCGCAAUACUCAUGAGCCCAGGAAGAACACCUUUGUCUCACAACUUUGCAUUGAGCCUUAUAUCAGCCGUAGGAUGUGGAGUAUCCAUUUUGUUUCUGGUUAUGACAAUUCUCAUACAUUAUGUACUUUGGGGAUAUGUGAAAAGUGAGAGAACACAAAUAUUAAUGAAUUUAUGCGUGGCUUUAAUUCUGUCUUAUACCAUAUUCCUUGCUGGUAUAACACGGACAGAAAUCAAGGAAGUAUGUACAGCGAUCGCAAUUGGUUUACACUAUAUGUUCUUAACAGACUUUUGUUUGAUGCUAGCUGAGGGAAUUCAAAUAGUGAGAAUGGUUGUCAUUGUUUUUUCAACUAGAUCUAUUGUUCGGUGGCUAUUACCUCUUUGCUGGAUUGUACCUGGUAUUGUCGUCGGAAUUUCUGCCGGCAUCACACAACUUAAAGGCUAUGGUAACCAACAGUUUUGUUGGUUGACCCUUGAAUCAAACCUUAUCUGGGCGUUUAUAGGACCGGCAUUGCUUGUCAUUUUGAUUAACUUUGUUAUAUUUAUCAUAAUGGUAUAUAAAAUAAUGACCAGUAGAGGAAUAGCUGGGAAAGAACUAAGAGAAAAAAUUUGGAUUGGUUUGAAAAGUAUCUGCAUCAUUUUACCAUUGUUUGGAGUAACAUGGGUACUUGGUGCAUUUUCGGUAAACGAUGAUCUGGUCAUGUUCCAAUACCUAUUUGCUAUUUUCAACUCCCUCCAGGGUUUCUUUAUUUGUUUGUUGCACUGUUUCUUUAAUAAGGAGGUCAGGCAAGGUUACAAUCAUUAUCAGACACGCCGUUUGGAUUUGAAACUAUCUUCAAAUUCUACUAAUACUGACAACACAAAUAGGAUAUAACACCAUCAACAACAAUAUCUGUACACGGAGGAAGAAUCGCAGUAAAGAAUUAAAAAACCCAUCUCAACCGUAUAAGGUGCAUCCCAAUAUGUUGUGCAUUGAUGAUACAAAUACCAGUUGUAUAUAUUUUAUAAUUGUAAGAGAGAGAGAGAGAGAGAGAGAGAGAGAGAGAGAGAGAGAGAGAGCUAUUUACGUGUUUAUUGUUUACAUAAUAUGACACACUAAUUUGUUUGAUUGUUUUACGUUGUACCUUUUUAUUCUCAUAAAACUAAUAAAACAUAU